AUGGCUGAUGACGAGACUCUUGCCUCCGACUACCAGGUGCUGGAGGAGCUAGGCCGCGGAAGUUUCGGCGUUGUUUACAAGGGAAUCGAUAAGAUCACCGGAGAGACUGUGGCCAUUAAACAUAUUGAUCUUGAGUCCAGCGAUGAUGAUAUUCAAGACAUUCAAGCCGAGAUUGCUGUUCUCAGCACCUGUGCCAGUCCAUACGUGACCCAGUAUAAAGGUUCGUUCCUGCGAGGCCACAAGCUAUGGAUUAUCAUGGAAUACUUGGGCGGUGGAUCCUGUCUGGAUUUGUUGAAACCAGGAAACUUCACUGAGGCGCACAUCGCCAUCAUCUGCCGUGAACUUCUCUAUGGAAUCCAAUAUCUGCAUAGCGAGGGAAAGAUCCACCGUGAUAUCAAGGCGGCAAACGUCUUGCUGUCAGAUGCUGGCAAGGUGAAGUUGGCUGAUUUUGGUGUCGCUGCUCAGCUCACCAACAUCAAGUCUCAACGCAACACAUUUGUUGGCACGCCGUUCUGGAUGGCUCCUGAAGUAAUCCAGCAAGACGGCUACAGCUUCAAGGCCGAUAUCUGGUCCUUGGGCAUUACUGCAAUGGAGAUGGCCAAUGGAGAGCCCCCUCUUUGUCACAUUCACCCGAUGAAAGUGCUCUUCCAGAUCCCCAAAAACCCACCGCCGCGGCUGGAAAGUCACUUUAGUAAGGAAUUCAGAGAUUUCGUGGCCCAGUGCCUCACAAAAGAGUGCGGCCGUCGACCCAGCGCCAAGGAGCUGCUUCGUCACAGAUUCAUUCGCUCGGCUGGCAAAAUUGAAGCUCUGCAGGAGCUAAUCAUGCAAAGGCAAAUGUGGGACGCGAACCAAAAUCGUCAAAAACAUCCGAUAUAUUAUCAGGAAACGUUGCAAACAAUCUCAAAUAAAAGCAACGACAACGAAGCCUGGGUGUUUGACACCGUGAAAUCGGUAGCUCCGCCGAAGCGACCAACCGUCAAGCAUCAUCGCAAAUCAUCAUCCGUGUUGUCAGCUACAGAGGACGGAUUUCGCAGGUUGGACAUCAAUGAAGGUCCUCUGGGAUCUUCGUCACCUUCAUCACCAGCUGUUAGCACUAUCCGGAAGUCAACAGUCCGGCGCACACCUUCCAUCAUGCAAGUACCCUCGUCGUACGCUAACGGCUCUCCCCGAGGCUCAAUCAUAGCUCCUAAAAGACCACUUCAACCCGACAUGUCUUUUGGUAAUUCGGGGUCGACUAUGCGUCUGUUUCGAAGAGUUCCAUCAGAUGGAUCGGCUGGUAUGCAAGUGGUCAGAUCUACAACCCCAGAUGAUGACGUUUUUGUCGACGAGAAUGUCCCCCCGCCAGUGGCUGCGCCGGUCGAGCCCCAUGGCAAAGAGGCUCUCUUGGGGCGAAGGCUAUACUCUAAGGCGGUAGAGCCCACGCUUGCAGAGCUUCAUGCACAGACCUCUACCAUGCAAAAGCGGGAGGCUCUGGCCAAGUUAUCCGAAGCCUUUGCAGCAUUGGAUGCGGUUGAUCCCGAGGGAACAUACCAUCUUAUGAACAACCUAGUUACUGCCAUGAGCCAGGAUAACAAACUGAAUGGCGCGGUACUACGUCAGUCAGUACAAAAGGUCCCAGAUGACGGCACUCCUCAGGGGACUGUGGUCGUUAAGAGCUCAACUCCGUCACCGAGCCCUGCCAAGUUGGCACUGAGCUCCACAAACCCUAAUUUCAGAAGCCAUCGCCGGCGACAACUCGAGUCGCCGGUAUCAAAGGAGAGCCUAAGAGACCAAGACAAACUAGGUAUUGAGGAAAAGUAUCCUGGGCGGGAAACUCAAUCAGGCAUGGAGCACUGCAAGCAGUUGUCCGACGUGCUCUAUAACCGAUGGGCUGAUGGUCUGCGGAUCCGAUGGCCGGCUAUAUGAUGUCACAAUCGGGACGUGCCAAAGUGUUUGCAUCUACCUGACCAUGCGAUUUGAAACGAACUUAACGGAUGAAGUAAUAAUGCUGGGUUCCUCACGGGGAGGGUUGUCGAAGCUUGAUAUAAUUUCACGCGCGAUAUAAUGAAUUUGCAUAUCGAGUCUAGCCUCCAGAUGAGGAGCGACCACUGGAGGGGCGAGGCGUUUAGGAUCUGUGUCUACUUGAAAAGAUUUUGACCUGAGAUUGGUGGCUGGCUUUGGAGGACGUAUAUUGGGAUUUGGAGAUGGUCUUUUUCUGCCCAUAUUGGGUGCUGUCUCUUUUUUUGUUCUAUUCUUUUAUCCCCCUUUUUACUUUUUUUUCCCUCCUAUUCUUCUUCUUCUUCUUCUCUUUCUGCUACUUUUUGUUCUUUUUCUCGGGAUUUGGGGAACAGGCGUCUAACAAGCUGAUUGAAUUUGAUUUUGCCAUUUGGAAUGUACGUAUGUAUGUAUGCAAGCAUGUAAACCAUCUUUAAAGAUGGAUAUCUC